AUGCAGGUCUACUAUGACCAGGACGCGGAUCUGAACCGGAUCCGCGACCGCAAGGUCACGGUGCUCGGUUACGGCAGCCAGGGACACGCACACGCCAGCAAUCUGCGCGACUCCGGCGUGGACGUGGUGGUGGGAUUGAAGCGCGACAGCGCGUCCUGGGCCAAGGCGGCGGAUGCCGGCCUGACGGUGAUGGAGACGGCGGAGGCGGCCGAAGCCGGGGACGUGGUCAUGGUGCUGCUACCCGACGAGCUUCAGGGCGACGUCUACAAGGAGGUCAUCCGGCCCGGUCUCAAGCCGGGAAACUACCUGGCCUUCGGGCACGGCUUCAACAUCCACUUCAAGCGGGUGAUUCCUCCCGAGGACGUCAAUGUCUUCAUGGUUGCGCCCAAGGGGCCCGGCCACCUGGUACGAAGCGAGUUCGAGCGGGGCAGGGGAGUGCCUUGCCUUUUGGCCGUCGAGCAGGAUCCCUCCGGAGACACCACGCCGGUGGGUCUGGCCUAUGCCGCGGCCAUCGGCGGCGCCCGCGCCGCGGUCAUCGAGACCAGCUUCAAGGAUGAGACCGAGACCGACCUGUUCGGCGAGCAGACGGUGCUGUGCGGCGGCCUUACGUCGCUGAUCCAGGCGGGCUACGAAACUCUGGUGGAAGCGGGCUAUCCGCCGGAAAUGGCCUAUUUCGAGUGCUGUCACGAGGUCAAGCUGAUCGUCGACCUGAUCUAUGAGGGCGGACUGGCCAACAUGCGCUACUCCGUCAGCAAUACCGCGGAGUACGGCGAUCUCACUCGUGGGGACACGGAUCGUCAACGACGACACCCGCAAGAUCAUGAAGGAGAUCCUGGCGGACAUUCAAUCGGGAAAAUUCGCCGACGAGUGGAUGAACGAGCACCGCAACGGAUCGCCGCAUUUCAACGAGCUGCGCCAAGCCUCCCGGAGCCAUCCCAUCGAGAAGGUGGGCGAGCAACUCAGGUCGAUGAUGCCGUGGCUGGCGGAAAACCGGCUGGUGGACAAGAGCAAGAACUAGUAGGGGCGGGUUUCAAACCCGCCCGUGCCGCGGAGUUUUAA